UAGGCAUGGGAAUGGCAGAACUGUCAAAGUGUGGUCAACCGUCAAAGUGUCAAGCGAUUAACGUAAACAGAAGAUUUUAUGAAUUUUGUAGUUUAUUUUAUUUUAAAUCAUGAGCAGUCGCAAUCCAAAUACUUUAAUGAGUGUACCGGAUGAGCAGUUCGACUAUCUAUUUAAAAUUGUUCUGAUUGGUGACUGUGGAACCGGGAAAACAUGUAUAGUGCAGCGGUUAAAAUCCGGAAAUUUUAUAGAACGGCACGGAAAUACGAUAGGCGUAGAUUUCUCAAUGAAAACUUUGGUAAUAGACGGGAAGAAGGUCAAGCUCCAGAUUUGGGAUACGGCUGGACAAGAGCGAUUUAGAACAAUUACUCAAAGUUACUAUCGGUCUGCAAAUGGAGUUAUUAUAGUUUACGACAUUACAAAGAGAACAUCAUUUAUAUCACUAAAGAAAUGGAUAGAGGAAGUUAGGAGAUACACAUCUUCAAAUGUUAUAGUAGCAUUAAUAGGCAAUAAAUGUGAUCUAGCUGAUCAGAGGGAGGUAGAAAUUGAAGAGCCUAAGUCUUUCUGCCGAUAUGUUCCUGAGAUUAUGUUUGUUAUGGAAACGUCAGCUAAAGACAACACCAAUGUUGAAGAUACCUUUCGGAGCCUAGCUACUGAAUUAAAGCGGCAACAUGAUAGUAGUGAAGGGCCGCCUGCAGAUUCAGAUGCCGUGGUUUUAGGAGAGAGCCAUGCUGUAAGUAGGUGUCAGCCCUGCGGGUCUUAGUCCACUAAAUUAAGUAGAUAAUUACUCAUUAGAUCAAAUUAUGUUUGUGUUAGUUGGCUCAUAAAAUUAUGCAAACACUUAAAAAAAUCCUCAUCAGUCUAAUAAUUGUGUUCAUGGAGCAAUAUUGACUUAAAAAUAAGGUGUAAUGCGAGCUACCUACAUACCUGCAGCAGGGGCAAUAGCACCAUUAAAUGGCUCCUUAAUUGUGAUGUGUACCAGGCAAGCAGGGGCAAUUUAGAGAACAGGUGAAAUUGCUCCGACCGAGAUUGUCCCUGCGGCAGGUAGGUGAGUAUCCGGCUUAAUGUAUCCCAGUUGAAAAUGAGUUUUGUAUGAGGACCUUUUUUGGAUCUUGCCUUAAUAGACUUAUAUCAUUAUAUGCUGUUUGUUAUUGCAUAUAUAACUCGCACCUCUAUAAUUCCAACACACUUAACACUCUUUGAGAUGUAAAUUUUAUAGUUACAAUAUCACCCAUAGGUGUAACAUAUUACAAGAGAUGCUUGUGUUUCAAAUACUUCAACAUUGUGUCACAUUUCACAAACCUAUGUGCAAGCAUUGUCACAAAUAGUAACUACAGGUGCUUGUAGUUGGGAGUGUUCUGCUAUAAUAUCCAUAUUUUUUUUGUAUAUGGCAAUUUAUAUGCUACAUUAAAAUAGAAUUAAAAAUUAUGUUGCCAGAUUAUUUUAACAUAACUUUUAAAUUAUGGGUUUGUAAAUACAUUAUACUUUGUAUAUUAUAAGUAUGAAAAUUAAAAACAUAAAUAGGUACACUUUUGUUCUCAAAUGUACAAAGUGUACAAUUUAUAUUCAUACAAAUUAUUUUGUAUCAUAUUUGUUGUAAAUAAGUAUGAAUAAACAUAUUGUGUUUAUUUUCUUGUAUUAUCUUAUGGCUAUGAUCUGUUAAUGAAAUUAUGUUUAAAAUUUUUAAUAUUCAAAGGAUCAUCACAACCAUAAUCUAAAAUCUAUGGAUUUUAUGUAUUUUUUAUGCUUAUUUUGAAAUCAUUUUAGGUGUGUGUUUUCGUUCACUAUACAUUCACAAUAUCUAAAUAUUGUUUGGUAUUUUAUUAAUUUAUAAAAAUAUGAUAUUGAUAUACCUAUUAUAUUUAAAGGUUACAUCUUUCUUAUAAUAAUUUUAAGUUAAAAUAUAUCUGUAUUAUUUUAAGGAAUACGUUCUAUGAAGUGAAAAUAUUUUAUCCCAAAAUAAUGAAUAGUAACUAUACAAUUUAUGUAACCAAAUACUAGACUAAAACAACUAUUCAAUAAUCACUACCUCCUCAUAAACAUACAUACAUAUUUGGCAUUAGCCUUUUUUAUUUUAAUUUAUCAAGUAAUGAUUUUUAUUGGUGUCGUAAUUCGAAACGUAACAUAAAGUUGUUUUAAAAUAACUUUUUUUAUUAACGUAAUAAUUUAAUAAUAAAUUUAUGGCUUCUCAAGUAUCCAUCAAUAAUAAUAUCUCUAUGAAAACAGUAAUAACUGAACGCCCCUAAACACCCUUCCAUUGCAAUAAGCUAACCUUCAAAUUCAAUAGACAGACAGAGUUUCUUCGCAUUUAUCAUAUCAAUAUUGAUUUUAUAUUACAGCUUUGCAGAGGUUUUAUUUAUUCGUAAUCAUGGGGCUUUAAAUAAAUUUCCGUCACAAACUAACUAGUCUUAGGUGUCUUGUAAUUUUUGUCAGUUUUGAUAUAUUGAUAAUAUUUGUAUGAAAUUACGAUAUUAGUCAAGUACCACCUAUUCGAGACUGAUGUACGCCAUAAUAAUAAAUCUAGGAAUUAUGUAUUAUAUGUAUGUAACGUGGUGUAAUUUAAUUAUGUUAAAUAGGUUUAUAUUCCACCAGUGCUAUGUUGUUAAUUCCACUGUGUAUAUUAAUAUUAUAUAAUAAUAGAGUUAUGAGAUCAUAGUAUCAGUGUUAUAGAAGUUAUUGAAAUUUAUGAAUUGUGCAAAAAAUUUAAAUCGCUUUCUUUGAAUCUUUUUCACACAUUUCGCUCUAAAAAUCGCAAGAAACCUACAUGCUAACUUACGUUUGAUCUCAUACUGAAUGUUCUGAUCACAAAUAAUUUAAUAGAUUUCGUUUAUUUUUAUAUUCUACUAUAUUGCUCCGCAAAUGUAUUUUUGCUGUAAUUUAUUUGAAUCUCGUCUUCGGAGCAAAUAUUCAUAUUCAUAUCUGUGAUUCGUAACAUCCGCUUUUGAUAUUUUUUUAUAUUCUUUUUGUAAAUCAUUAUAAUAUAGAAACACUACUCGAUUGUUUUCAAUACAUUUAUUUAGAUUUACACUAGUGUUAACAUUUUUGUUUACAA